AUGCCAAUUGAACUUAAAUAUAACAACUUAGGAGAUUCUGGGUUAAAAAUUGCUCCAGUGAUCGUCGGAUGCAUGACUUAUGGUAGUAAGGCUUUUGCUGAUUGGGUUAUGGAUGAUGAAGAAGAAAUUUUCAAAAUUUUAAAACAUGCCUAUGAUUCUGGAUUAAGAACAUUUGAUACUGCUGAUGUGUAUUCUAUGGGUAAAUCUGAAGAAAUUCUUGGUAAAUUUCUUAAGAAAUUUGAUAUCCCAAGAGAUAGAGUUGUUAUUUUAAGCAAAGUGUUUUUCCCUGUUGAUACUAAGACACCUGGGUUUAAUUUAGCUGAUCGUGAAAAGUUCCCAGCAAUAAACUAUGUUAAUUCUCAAGGGUUGUCAAGAAAGCAUAUUUUGGAUGCAGUUCAAGCUUCUGUUGAUAGAUUGGGUACUUAUAUUGAUGUAAUUCAGAUACAUAGAUUGGAUCUCACUACUCCAAAAAAGGAGAUAAUGAAAGCUUUAAAUGAUGUUGUUGACCAAGGACUUGCAAGAUACAUUGGGGCAUCCUCAAUGAAAGCCAUUGAAUUUGCUCAAUUACAGUUUGUUGCGGAACAAAACGGAUGGCAUAAGUUUAUUAGUAUGCAAAAUUAUCAUAAUUUGCUUUAUCGAGAAGAGGAAAGAGAAAUGAUUCCUUUUUGUCAAGAUAAUGUAAUUGGAAAAGUUGGAAUUAUUCCAUGGUCUCCAAUUGCCAGAGGAGUUUUGGCUAGACCAAUUACUGGAACCUCCAUUAAUUCUAGAGAUAAAACUGAUAAAACUUUCAAGAUGUUGGGUCUUGACGAAUUGAACAACGUUGACAAAGAGAUUGUGAAUAGAGUUGAAAAGGUUUCCAAAGAUAAUGGUGUCAGUAUGGCUGUUGUUGCAACUGCUUGGUCUAUUAGUAAAGGGCUUCAAUCCAAUUGUUGGUCCUUUCUUUCCGUUUGCACGUGUCGAUGA